AUUCUACUGAACUCAUUUUUUAGGAACCUUUCUGAUUACAUCAACGCAAGGACAUAGAGCCUAAAGACAUAGUUGACCAAUCUCUCCAAGGUCAAAGCUGUGCCAACUGUUACCACUAGCCCCUAAGAAUGGGAAACAUUUGUGGUUCGCAAGCCAAUGCCGUUGAGGAGCCCGCCGCGGCAAAGCCUGUUCCACCGGCUGGCGCAGAAGAAGCGAAGCCAGCUGUCACCGAAACCGCCGGCGCUCCAACUGCAGACGCUGCGACAGAAAAGGCCAUGGAGGAUAAAGGCAGCGAUGCAGUUCAAACUCCUGCUGCAGCUAAGAAGCUGCGCGUGUACAUUGUUUAUUACAGCACCUAUGGCCACAUCGCACGGAUGGCCGAGGAGUUCAAGUCUGCCCUGCAGACCGUAGACGGCGUUGACGUGAAGCUAUUCCAGGUUGCGGAGACGUUGCCUGCGGAGGUACUUGAGAAGAUGCACGCGCCACCCAAGUCGGAUGUGCCAAUCCUCAGCCCGCUCGAGCUGCCCGACGCCGAUGCCUUCGUUUUCGGCUUCCCUACCCGGUUCGGCAUGAUGGCCGCUCAGAUGAAGAACUUCUUCGACGCAACAGGCAUGCUGUGGCAGAAGGGCGCCCUGCAGGGCAAGCCCGCGUCGCUGUUCACCUCCACCGCCUCUCAGGGCGGCGGCCAGGAGACCACCAUCAUGACUGCGGUCACGCAACUCGCGCACCACGGAAUGAUCUACGUGCCCGCCGGCUUCUGCGCGGGUGGAGUCAUGUUUGGGCUGGGGGAAGCCAAGGGCGGCUCGCCCUGGGGCGCGGGUGCACUGGCCGCCGGUGAUGGUUCACGACAGCCCUCAGAGGCUGAGCUGGAGGCUGUGAGGGCACAGGCCAAGUACUUUGGAGAGGUCGCCAAGAAACUGGCAGCAUGAGAGGCCAGAAGCUGUUAUGAAGGUGGCCAUUGAUUGGACCGAGUGUAAUGGUGGGGUGCUCGCAUCAUUUGCGUCGCCCGUGUGACUUCUAUAUUAUUUAUCGGUACUGCUGUUGCGUGUGUGUUAAAAUAACUGGCCGCGAGGCGAAACGUGUGUGUGCAUGACCUUGCGAAUUGCGUUGCACCCCUGGGUUUGCCGCGUGGCAAAGGUUGUCAGCAUGCCUGCGCGUCGGGGUAUGUCGGGGGGCCUGGGCUUGCGCUGCUGUUUAACCUUGAUCAACGGUUUUGUGAGCUACGGUCGGUCCUUACUGAUGAGAUGCAACUUUGGAACUACAAGAUGGUGUGGCAUGUAGCGCCAUUACUGACGAAAUGGACAUGGUUGUCACCACAUGGAGACAAUAACCUGCUGUACGGGCCCUGCGGCUUGACGGGCCAAGUUUAUGCAAAUGACGUGUCGCAUGCCCAUAAUGGGCUCCCUGUUUAAGACGGCAUGCCGAGUGCGUGUUUGAGUGGUGACUAGUGCAUGCACACCGCUGCGCAGUGGUCCCAAUAACCGUGUCACCGAGUGAGUAAUGAGAACUUCACCAGACGUGAUGUAUAUGGGAAAGACUGCGUUGUUGCUGCUUGUUCCUGAUGUCAUACGGUAGCUUUAGGGCAGAUCAACGUCGAGUGCACCAAUGGCGUGCAUGCUUGGCCGGCGGUGUCCACUCUUCUACCGUCCCUUGUCUUC